UCAGGAUCAAAACAGCGAGUCCGCUAUAGAAGUAACAGGUUUGAUGUUGUCAAUAUUAGACUUUUAAGAUGUGACAAUGGGAAACGUAAUUGCGGUUGUACUAGGGGCAAGGGAGAAGGAGAGAACGUUUGCCGAAUCUUUUUGGGGUGCCUAUACCUUGACCGUCGGCUCAGCAUGGAUGGCCGAAAUGAUAACGUACCCGUUCGAUCUAAUAAAGACGCGGCUUCAAUUACAAGGCGAAUUUGUAAACAAGGUCGAUCUGAAAAUGUUCAAAGAGCCUUAUCGAGGAACUUAUGAUACCUUUAAGGGUGUUAUCAAAGAGGAAGGUUUUUUCAGUUUGUACAAAGGGAUGCAAUGGCAGUUGGCGCGCCACUUUCUCUAUUCGGGGCCAAGAAUGGCAGGCUACGAUUACCUGAAGCUAUGGGUUUUUCCUCCGAACGAAGCGUAUAUGACGACCUUCAUGAGCAAUUCAAUUAGUGGUAUGACUGCUGGUUUUGCUGCAUCCUUCCUAGGGAAUCCAGCAGAUGUGGCUAAAGUUUACGCUCAGAUGGAGGGCAAACGUGAGUUGCUACACAUGCGUUCGAGGACAAGCGUGUUGCUGGGCGCCUUCAGAACCCUUUACGCAACCAGCGGCCCGAUGGGUUUCUGGAAGGGAUGUUUUCCCAACGCGUUUCGAGCUAGCCUGAUCAACCUCGGCGAUCUUGCUUGCUACGACCUAUCCAAGGAUUACAUCCUGGAAUUGAAAAUUCGCGAUGGCCUUCCGACUCAUAUAGCCUCAAGCGCUUUCUCUGGCCUCAUCACCUCCCUGCUUUCCACCCCAUUGGAUACUUUAAAGACUCGCAUGAUGAAUCAACCAGUCGACAAACGUGGAAGAGGAAAAGUAUACAGGUCUACGUGGAAUUGCUUGAGGAAAACGUGGCGUUUCGAAGGAAUAAAAGGAGUGUAUAAGGGUUUUGUGCCGAACUGCAUGAGAAAUUCCCCUUGGGCAGUGAUCUUCUGGAUAAUAUACGAGCGAGGAAAUGAAGUACUCACCGUUGCUCAAAAGAAGUGGCGAAAACGAUGGAAACGACACAGAAAACGGCUGAAAAGGGCGAGGGAGAGAUGCGCCAGAGCCAAGGAAAGGGAGAGAAAACUGAGGGAGAAGAACAAGUCGAAAUGACACGCACAUCACAUUUCAA